AUGACGUCCGACGCGGCCGUCUUCCCGCCGCUCGAGCACGCGGCCUACCCGGCCGCGUUCCGGCCCGCGGCGAAGGCGCUCUGCGGCCGCCUCUGCGCCAUCUACGCGCACAUGUACCACCGGCACUUCGCGAACUUCGUGGAGACGCACAGCCACGUCGCCGUGAACGCGUUCUUCAAGCGCUUCGUCGUCUUCUCGCUCCGCCACGACCUCAUCGGGCCGGCGGACCUCGAGCCCGUCGCCGAGCUCGUGCAGAACCUGCUCCGGACGCACAAGAAGCCGCCGCCGCCGCCCUCGACGCCGCCGCGGCGCUCCGCGUCGCUCCCGCCGCGCGUCGCGGGCGUGCAGACGACGUGA